CCUCAGGAGCCAUGGUGUGACCCAGCUGCAAUGACCAGGGGGCUGCCAAGGAGGCUGUGAGCUCUAGAGUGGGAAGCAGCCAGGCCCAGGCAGGACACAGCUGCUCUCUUGUGACAUCCCUGGGGGAUUCUCAAGCAGCUGAAUCCUGCCUUCAGAUACCUCUCCAAGAUGCUCUUCUACAGACUCUGGUUAUUCACCGUAAGCUUCCUGGUAAUUGUGUGCAGUAUUCCUCGUGGACGUGAUGUGGAAAACAUGAAGCUUUUGCGAUUGUUACUCAUGCCACUCAAAUACAUCUUUGGUCUCAAGAUAGUGGUGAAGGGCAAGGAGAACCUAAGGACUAAGAAACCUUUCAUCCUUGUGCUGAAUCACCAGACCUCCCUUGACAUUAUGGUGAUGAUGGAGAUAUUACCAGAUCGUUGUGCACCCAUAGCCAAGAAGGAAAUCCUCUACAUGGGCCCCUUUGGCCUGGCCUGCUGGCUUGCAGGACUCAUCUUCAUUGAUCGAAAGAAGAAGGAAGAGGCCAUCACCAUCUUGACAGAGGUGGCAGACACCCUGAAAAAAGAAAAUUUACGUGUCUUGAUCUUCCCUGAAGGAACUCGCAACCAUGGUGGCUCCAUGUUGCCCUUCAAACGUGGGGCCUUCCAGCUGGCUGUAAAAGCUCAGGUCCCCAUCAUUCCUGUGGUGAUCUCUUCCUACCAUGACUUCUACAAUCAGAAGGAGAAGAGAUUUACAACAGGGAAAAGCAUCAUCCAGGUCCUGCCAGAAGUGGAGACCCUUGGCCUGGGCCCAGAUGAUGUUCCCAAGCUCACCGAGCAGGUCCGUGACUCCAUGCUCAGCACCUACCAGGUGAUAUCAGGAAUGAUCAACGGAGCUUCCCAUUAGCCAGCCCAUCCAUCCCACAUUCCAGCUCCAGCAGUGUGUGUAGCAGCUGAAGGGGGGAACAUGGCAACAACAAGAAAGUCCAGCAGCAGAGGCAGCAAUGGUUUGCAACCCUGACAUACCAGAGACAGGCAAAAUGUCCACAGAAGAAGAAAAGCUUUCAGGUGGAGGUGAUGAAAUAGCUGCCAUAUUUCUUCCAGAGAACCAUGCUACCUGCUUGGGCAGACACGUGGUGGGGAGCUGGACACUGCUUUGCAACCAUAACCCUGAGAAGUUCUCUCCAGCUGUACCCCAGGCAGAGCUGGGCCCUUCCUCUGGUCAUUGCUGCAUGUGUAUAAUCACCUUUUCCUGCUCAGCCAAAAAGGUGGAAGCAUUUAUCCCAAGCCAGUGACCAUCCUGCCUGGGAAAGUGGCUGUCUUGGGCUCUGAUGUCUGCCACAUCCCUCUGGAAGCAAACUCCAGAGAAGCCACUGUCUCCUACCUCUUUCCAUGGGGAGGACUUGGGAGGUACC